AUGUCUGAGAGCGGCCUCACGCGCCGUCGCGGCGCAGGGGCCUCAGCAGCUCGUACCUCUGGCGAUGAGUUUGACGGUGCGGGCGCGUCAGGUGCUGCUGCCGCUGCACCCAGCAACGAGUAUCGCAACGCAUCGGCCUCGCAGGGUGCUCUUGAAGGCCGCGGCAAGGUGGCCUACGACCCCCGCGACUUCAAUGACGACAACGAGUCCAAACAGCAGCCCCGUCUGACUCUCAUGGAGGAGGUCCUGUUGCUCGGUCUCAAGGACAAGGCUGGCUACUUGUCAUUCUGGAAUGACAACAUUUCAUACGCGCUCCGUGGCUGUAUCCUGAUCGAGCUUGCUCUCAGGCGGCGCAUCGCCAUGGUCCGUGACCCAUCGAGGCGCCGACUCGCCCUCUCCGACCGCCUCAUUGAGGUCAUUGACGAACGCCAAACGGGCGAGACCAUCCUGGACGAGGCGCUCAAGAUGAUCAAGAGCAGCGAGAAGUAUGGCGUCGGAGCAUGGAUCGACCUCAUGAGUGGCGAGACGUGGAACGUGAUGAAGAUCGGCUAUCAGUUGAAGCAGGUCCGCGAGCGCCUGGCCAAGGGCCUCGUCGACAAGGGCAUCCUCCGCACCGAAAAGCGCAACUUCCUCCUGUUCGACAUGGCUACCCACCCCAUCGCCGACAUGAACGCCAAGGAGGACGUCCUCCGUCGCUGCCUGUCGUUGCUCACAGCGCGCACGGCCGCCAUUCCUCCACAGGCUCUCCUGAAGGAGGGCGUCAAGUACCGCCACAUGCGUGCAGUCAGUCUUGUUUGUGCCGCCUACGCGUCAAGCGUCCUCGAAAAUGCGCUGCAGCGCCUGUCGUAUGACUCGCGCGAGGCAGCGUUCGUCCGUUGCGACGAGAUUCUCGCCGAAUUCUCUACGUGGCCAUUCGGCAUCGGCACUUCGCAGUCUGCCGGCCCGGUUCAGAUUGGUGGUGGCUCGAAGCGCCGUGAGGGUGGUAGUGGCAUUGGCCGUGAGAGUGUGCAGGAGCUCGUGCGGGAAGUUAGGAAGGAGAUGGCUACUGGAAAUGGAGGAGCCGGCUCGGGCGGAGGGGCGGAGGAGCAGGAGGAGCUCUGCUUUGAGGUUAUUGCCACGGUCCUUGAGAUCUUUGGCCGUAUGGACAGCCUGCUGUAA